AUGAGGGGCGGGACGUUGCAGGAGUCAGUGGGAGACUCAGCAGCACCAGCCCUUGCGAAUGACCCAUGGCAAGGUUACAGCCCUUGGAACCGUUGGGACAACCAAGAAGGAGUAGACUGGUGGAAGGGUAGGCACUCAAAGCCGGACUACUCCGACCCACCAGCAUGGCCGGGGUGGACUCACUACAGGCUUUGGAAGAAGUCAGUUCACCGCUGGAACUCCGGAACUGACGUUCCCAUGUGGAAGCGACACGAGAAGCUGCUUCGUUCGCUGGAUUGGGACCUCCAGGCAAGGUUCGAGCAUGUGGGAGAAGCAGAAUUCCAAGGCGAAGCAUACCUUGACAUCUUCUUCGGCAUCUUGGACGUCUUAGCGGGCGAGAAGGAGUCAUCGGAGAAAAGACGGAUCAUCCGUCGAGCUCUCUACGAGGGCGCCAGGAAGCCAGAAGAGUCGCUAGCUCAGUACUCUCUGCGAAGGGAGUCAGAAUUCACCCAGGCUGACCGCUUUGUGCAGCUCCCGAACGACAUGAAAGGAUUCAUGCUCGAGGAACAGUCAGGGCUGUCAAAGCAAGGCUUGCAGAAUUUGAGAGCCCUCACUGGCGGAAGCUCUGGGUUUGACGUAGUGAAGAAGGCCCUUCGAGCCAUCGACACCGAAGAGGAGUCCCUGUGCCGUCCAAAGGGUUCUAACUAUUUCCUCGAGCACCAGGAGGUUCCUGCCGAGACCUUCGACGCUCAGCCCUACGAAGCUCCUGUCGAGGAGGACAUUCUCGACUCCGAGGCCGUUGACGAGGUCUUCUAUGUCAUCAGCCACAUGGAUUUGGAAGAGGAGGAUGCUCUCUCCUUCCUAGCUGACUGGCAGAAGAAGAAGAAGACCUGGGGAGAGAACAAGGAGCUCAAGAAUGCUCUACGAAAAGACCGGCGACACUUCGAGGACGUUGGAUCCCGAGCUCAAAGAGAUCCAGCUGCUCCCAACCGCCGGAAGAAGAACAUAGCAGAGCUCAAGCGCAUCACUCGUUGUGCAAAUUGCGGAGAAAAAGGGCAUUGGCGAGCAGAGUGCCAACAGCCCUACAAGCCGAAGUCCGACAAGUCAAAAAACUUCACCGCUUUUGCAUACCUUGGCUCCGGAGCUCUAGGACCAUCACAUUUGGCCAUGAACUUCUUCAACGGCGCUGGAGCUUCCGAGAUGAGCUACAUGACGAUUCCCGCUGGGCAUGCCAUCAUUGAUCCAGGAGCCGCUCAGGACCUGAUUGGGGAGACUGCGUUCUUGGCCUUGAAGAAGAGGUUGGCCGAAGUCCAUCUUCGACCAGUGAUUUUGAAGGAGCCCCCACCUCAAGCAGCUGGCAUCGGGGGAAACGCCAAGGCGUUGUACUGUGCCCUCACACCGGUGUUCUUGGGCCAGGUUCCCGGAGUUGUGAAGCUCACGAUCCUGGAGGAUGAUGUGCCUCACCUACUAUCAAUAGGCCUUUUGGAACACACGGGAGCUAUCAUCGACACCGGUGCCAAUGAGAUCCAGUUCAAGAACAUCAACGCCUCGGCAAAGAUGGAGAGGCUUGAGUCAGGACACCGAAUCUUGGACGUGGUCAAAGGUGCCACGGCUUUUCAACCUCCAAAAGAAGUUUUGGAGAAAUUCGGGCUGGAGCCAGAAGACUUCCAGCUGUCAGAGUCGUCAUGCGACGCAGCAUACAUGAGCAGCCAGUCCGCUGGGGGCAGACCAAUUCGCAGCGAGCAGCACCGGGAGCGCUACCAGUCUCUUUGGUACUGCAUGGUCAGGAAGCUUCUCUUGCUGACCAAGGGCACACUGGGAUCUCUCCUGCCCCCGCUCCAAACGACUGGGAGCACUUGUCAACACCCAGAACAGCAUCAUGCGAGGGGGGCGAAUCAAUAUGGGACAUGGGUCAAAUGCCUUCAAUGCGGACUGCAGCUCAACUUUACGAGAUACGGGCCAACCAAUCCGAAACCAACAUCGAAGAAGGGAAGGCCCUCUGCUGCAUCAACCCCAACGGAUGCUUCCAUGAUGAGGGCAAGGGCAUCCCAGGCGGCAUCGGCCUCAUCGGAGACUCCGUUGUCUCGAGCAGAACUGCAGGAGACUCUCUCGAUCCACGCACAGGAGAUCACCCAGAACCUGGCGCAGACCCUGGGCCCCAUGAUCCUGGCCCAGCAGCAGCUCCAGAACCAGAUGGGCUACAUGCAGCACCAAGUCUUGUACCAGGACCAGAUGCCGAUGGAUCCAAAUCAACAAGCGAUGCAGCAGGAAGACGACACCAACAUGGAGAAUCCCAACAUGGGAGAGUGGCAACUCCCUUGAGCUCUACCAGCACGUUUUCCCUGAGCUCCACCGCGGAGAAGUUGAGCAGCCAAAGCCAUGGGAUUGACUGGGGAAGCUGGUUUGUCAGUCCUUUUUCUCCGGAUUUUUGUACAGUUCUUUCACAUUUCAGCAGUUUCACACUUCUUUGG